UCAGUGCUGAGGACCCGAGACGAUGGACUGAAGCAAGAAUAUAUUCGCUCUCUACACAGAAGACGGAUGAAGACGUCAUGAAGAUCUCGCGUCUGUGAACUAAUAAAAACGGAAUUAUUGCACCGGUGCCCGUCAGUGACCGCAUCAGUUUGAAGAAGAACCUGCGGCUCUCAGCGUCCACUUGACUCCGCCUGUUUUCCAGUGUGUUGUGGAUGGAACAUAAGGCAAUGUACCAAACCACCACCAAUGAAGAUAGGGAUAACAACUCAUUCUAUGAGGAGGGCUACGAUGGGAUGAAUCUAUCAAAACUCAACCUCUGUGAAGAAGUAGGUUCAGUAAAACACAGGCGAAAGCCAGAUAAUUGCUGUGGUCAGUUGGACUCCUUCACUGCAAUCAAAUAUGCCAUUGUGUCCCUUUAUAUUCUGCUACUGCUCACCGUGUUUGGCCUCUGCAUAGCAGUGUCUAGAUACCAGGCAACCUCAGAGAGGCAGGAAGCUCUGCUGGAGAACAUGACUCGUCUGGGAGAACGCUCUGAGAGCAUGCAGAGAUCUCUCAACCAGCUCCCCUCACAAACUGACCUUCUGGAGAACAUCUGGAAGCUGGAGAGCCUCUUUCAGAAUCACAGUGAUCAGCUGCAGCAGCUCGGGCGACUAACGCAGGGCUUGGAGCGUGAUAUCAAGGAUUUGCAGGCGUUCUCUGAGCACACCACGGACUCCGUGGCUCAGCUUUGGGAUCACCUGGUCAUGAUGAGCCAUUCCAGCCAAAAAAACAGCAGCAGUCUGGGAGAAGAGCUUGCCUUUGCUGCUGUCUCUAUCAGAGCACAGGACGCGAUGUUGAAGACAAUGGUGGCAAAUGUAGAGACCCUACAAGAGCACCUGGAAGAGGUGGGCUGGACCGUACAGACAUUAAACCAUUCACUUAGUGGAGAUGUGAUACUGCACCAGGUGAAGAUCGGUGAACUACAGGAGAAGAUUGGAAAUGUAUCACAUGAAGCCACAAGCAUGAAAAUAACACAGAUACACCUUGAAGAACAGAUGAGGAAUGAGAUUGAGAUCCUGAAUGUCAUCACAGCAGAUCUGAGACUGAAGGAAUGGGAACACUCCAUGGCCCUCAAAAACCUAACUGUAUUACAAGGACCACCAGGACCAAAGGGUGAAAAGGGUGAUAUAGGGCCCCUGGGGCCUGCUGGACUUCCUGGUUUGGCAGGAAUUAGAGGCUUCCCAGGGGAAAAGGGCAUUCAGGGUCAUCGGGGACUGGCAGGGCCAGGUGGUCAGGAUGGACACAAUGGAGAAAAAGGAGACAUCGGGCCUGAGGGACCAAAAGGUGAGCGAGGAGAAAGAGGACAGAAAGGACAGAAAGGAGAGAAGGGAGAGCAUGGAGACAAAGGAGUUAAAACAGUUGAGGAAGUUCUGGUAAGGCUGGUGAACGGCUCCGGACUUCAUGAGGGUAGAGUGGAGGUGUUCCACGAGCGUCGGUGGGGGACUGUGUGUGAUGAUGUAUGGGACAUGAAAGAUGGAGACGUUGUAUGUAGGAUGCUUGGGUACCGAGGUGCCAAAGAAAUUUACAAAACAGCCCGUUUUGGACAUGGCACUGGUCUUAUCUGGAUGGACGAUGUGGCUUGUGUUGGCACUGAGGACACUAUUCACCAGUGUAAGUUUUCAGGCUGGGGCAAAACCAACUGUGGUCAUUUGGAGGAUGCAGGGGUGACCUGUAACAUCUAGCCUGUUUGAAGUCUUUAACAUUUUGCAGAAUGGACAAUUAACCUGUAAGAGCUCAGCAGUGUUGAUGAUAUGCUGCGAACUCUGUGGAAGCAGUAUUGUGUCCCUCCAUACAGCAGUAGAUGUAUGAAACUGAUAGUCAGGGUGAGGGAGAGUUUGAAGGCCCUGAUCAGAGUAUCACAGGCUCACAACAUUCCACCAACAAAGAACUACUACACAAUUACUACAGCCAUAACCAUAAAAGGACAUCUAAGGAAAGCGUGUGUUCUCACAAGGAUAGCACCUUGAAAUCAGCUUUAUUUUGAGAACCAAACAAUGAGAAAAUGGCUUAAUAAGCAUUCUAAAUAAUGUAUUAAUGAAAAUAUUUAAAUGCAAAAGGGCUUCUGUGGGGGGUUAGGAGAUAGAAAAUAUAAUUGCCACAGUGGAAAGUCCCUGUCAUUAUAGAAAAACAAACAUGUGUAUGGGUUAUUGAAUGGCUCAUCACUUUUUUUAAAUAGCCAUAAACCAUAAUUAGCUAGUUGAUUGCAGGUGGUAUAAAGGGGAGUGGCAUUUACAUUAGAAAGCAUUUUAGAGGGCACAAAUGUAACAACUGUUCCUAAAUGUAAUAAAGGCCCUAAAUGUAAAAACUUUGGUUCUAAAUCUAUACUAAUGUGUCAGAAGGCUGUUUGGUAUAUUUAAGGUAGUUUAAUUUUGUGUUUGCAUUUAUUAGUAUAUAUACAUAAAAGAUGUUUAUGCACUCAUUUUUGAUAGCUGAUGAUUUAAUAUAAUGAUGUUGUUAUAGCUGAUGAAGAUAAAACGGUACUGUUUCUUUACUUUAUGCACAGUUGUGUAUGGUUUAAUGGCCAUAAGUUUAUUAUCACAUAUAUCCUUAUCCAUAUUAUUUGGGUAUAUAUAUAUAUAUAUUAAACAAAUCUUAAUUUGUUCACAUUUACUAAGUACACUUAUGAAAUCUAGCAGCAUUAUGUAGUCACUCUUUAAAAAAAAUGGCCUGUAGGAACUUUACACAUUAUACAACUAACUGAUAAAUGGUUCAUUGGUGUAAAAUGUAAGAAUUAUUACAGUUAGGGCCUUUAUUACAUUUGUGCCCUCAACAACAUUUGACUGAACAAAAAUCUGUGUAUUGCAACAUGUGUCAAUAUCUUUGGUCAAUUUUCCUGGAAGAGCAAUGGUGUUCAUUUUUAAAUGUGCAUAACUGCUAAAAGUUCAUUUUGUCUACAUGAACUAAAAUCUACAAAUUUCCAAUUUAAUUUGGGCCUUUAAAGCUCUAAGCUGCUGCUUGAACUGUUUGUAUUUGAUUUGUCAAAGAUAUUUUUAAUAUUUUAAAUGAGUUGAAGUUUGUAUUGUGUAUAGACAGAUGCAUUUACAAUAGAUUUCCAAAGACAUUUAUGGACACAUUUUUAUAACUCCCAGUAUAUUUUUAUAAUGUUUAACUCAAUAACAAUUUGAAAGGCAUGUGGCUCUGCAAAUUUGCUUUUAAACUAUAACAUUGACCAUAAUGAGUUGUUAUGGCAGGGUUAGCAUUGAUAUACAGUACCUCAGUCAAUGAAGGUCAGUCUGUGGAACAACAACAGUCUUGAAGUGGUUCAGUAUCUGUUGUUCAGUGCCUUUAUUAUUACACUAAAAUAUUAGUGUUGAUUAAUCUUUAUUGUACAACAAUAUGCCAAACAAAUAAAUAAAUGUAUGUGCUUAAUAAUAAUAAAAAAACUG